AUGGGGCGGGCCAACCGCCCUGAGAGGCAGUGCCUGGACAGUAGACGAUGCAGCUGCAGCUUCCUGGGAGCCUCUCUGGCGCAGGCGGAGACCGGAGGCUGGGCCCGUAAUGACGGGCGGCGGCGCACUUGGAGCAUUCGCUCCACUCCCUCCCGACACUUGCGGAACCUGGAGAGGGUGGGGAGGUGGAAGAGGCUGAAUCUGAAACUAGACGAUGGGCAUUUAAACAACUCCUUGGGCUCUCCAGUUCAAGCGGACGUGUACUUCCCACGACUGAUAGUUCCAUUUUGUGGGCAUAUUAAAGGUGGUAUGAGACCAGGCAAGAAGGUGCUAGUGAUGGGCAUCGUAGACCUCAACCCAGAGAGCUUUGCAAUCAGCUUGACCUGUGGUGACUCAGAAGAUCCUCCUGCCGAUGUGGCAAUUGAACUCAAAGCUGUGUUCACAGAUCGGCAGCUACUUAGAAAUUCUUGUAUAUCUGGGGAAAGGGGUGAAGAACAAUCAGCAAUCCCUUACUUUCCAUUCAUCCCAGACCAGCCAUUCAGAGUGGAAAUUCUUUGUGAGCACCCACGGUUUAGAGUGUUUGUGGAUGGACACCAACUUUUUGAUUUUUACCACCGCAUUCAAACAUUAUCUGCGAUCGACACCAUAAAGAUCAAUGGGGACCUCCAGAUCACUAAGCUUGGUUGA